AUGAAGAAGCCCUUUGGCCUCAGCAGCAAGAUGGGCAAGUGGUGCUACCACUGCUUCCCCUGCUGCGGGGGCAGUGGCAAGAACAACGUCGGCUCUUUGGGAGACCACAACGACAUCGCCUUUUUGGAGCCAAGGUACCACGUCCAUCAGGAAGAUGUGGGCAAGCUUCACAGAGCUGCCUGGUGGGGUAAAGUCCCCAGAGCGGAUCUCGUCGUAGGGCUCAGGGGCCCUGGUAUGAAGAGGGACAAGAAGAGAAUUUGCCAAUUACUUUCUGACUCUAAAGAAAAACAGAUGCCAAAAAACUGUUCUGAAAACAGCAAUCCAAAACAAGAUUUAAAGCUGACAUCAGAGGAAGAGCCACAGAAGCUUAACGGAAGUGAAAAUAGCCAGCAUGAGAAAAUGUCUCAAGAACCAGACAUAAAUAAGGAUUGUGAUAGAGAGGUUGAAGAAGAAAUGCAGAGGCACAGAAGUAAUAACGUGGGAAUAUCAGAAAACCUGACUGAUGGUGCCACUGCUGGCAAUGGUGAUGAUGGAUUAACAAAAAGAAAGAGCAGAAAACCUGAAAAUCAGCAAUUUCCUAGCACAGAGAAUGAAGAAUAUCAUAGGCCUGAGAAGAAAUUUAAUGAAAAGAACAAGGUCAAAAGUGAAAUACAUUCAGUGGAUGACCUUGAUGACAUAACGUGGCCGUCUGAAAUAGCCUCAGAGGAUUAUGAUUUGCCUUACCCUAAUUAUGAGACUUUUGUGUUGCUCACUGAACAACUCAAAAUGGAUUUUAACGAUUCUGCUAGCCUAUCAAAAAUCCAGGAUGCAGUUCUUUCAGAUGAACACUUACUAGAACUUAAAAAUAAUCACUGUGAACAACUUACAGUAGAAAUUGAACAAAUGGAAAAUAUGAUUCAUGUACUACAAAAGAAGCUAUCUGAAACAAAAGAAACACAGUUACAGUUAGAGCAUGGAAAAGAUGAAUGGGAGCAAGAACUCUCCACUUUGAGCUAUGACAUUCUAGUUUUAAAGAAUAUUUUAACUGUUUAUACUAAAGAUAUAUGUAGUGAAGAGUUAAAAAGAAAAGAGGAGGAAUACGGGAAAGAUGUUGAAACGAACCAACAACUGAAAUGGACUCUGAAAACACGAGCCAUGGAAUUGAGGACAGUAAGAAAGAAUUUGGAUCAGAUUUCUCUUAGCCAUAAGAAAGAAAAAGAUCUCUUGCAUGAAAAUAGCAUGUUGCAGGAAGAAACUGCCAUGCUAGGACUGGAACUGGAUACAAUAAAACAUCAGAAUGAGAUAAAGGAAAAGAAAUAUUUUGAGGACAUUGAAAGUGUGAAAGAAGAGCAUGAUAAUCUUCUAAAGGCUGGCUGUAACAUUGAUGAGGAAGCAUUAGCAAAAACAGUGUUUCAGUACAAUGGACAGCUUAGCAUUUUGGCAACUGAGAAUAAAAUGCUCAGUUCUGAACUGAAGAAUGUAAAACAGAACAACGAAUGA